GAGAAAGAGAGAGAGAGAGCUCCUCUUGCUUGUGGCAGCUUCAACCAACGUUCUUCUUCUUGAGUCAGUUUAAGAUGCCUUUUGGACAAUCGUUUUGUACACUGAUAUUACCUUUGUUAUCACUAUUGGGAGGACUCCUGGCUUCCACGUCUUCGCUCAGCCUGCCGGCACCUAAGCUUAUUAUCCAUUCAUGGUCCACAAACUCAGUGGUCUUAGUCUGUCAGGCCUCAGAGGGCCAACGCGGGGUUCAUUUCACACUAUUCCAAUCCAGAGAGGAGGUGGCGUCGGUGGAGUUGGAGUCUCCUUCUGAGGAUGUUCACUUCACUGUCCAGCUCAAGAAGGGAACUGAACCUGAAUUAUUUUGCUGUUUGUACAAGAACCUGCAAGGCCUCUACAGUGCUGUCAGUCCCUACUUACAUAUAGAGCAGCAAAGAGGUGUUUCCCCAACUUCAGCCAUCCCGUCCCUGCCACCUCCAGUCUUAUCGUUGGAGCCCCCCAGCGACAAGCUCCCUGAACCCACCCUCGUUCUCCAACAACACACACAAGUAUUGAAUAUGCUCUGCACGGGGUCCCCCGCAUACCCCGGUGCCAUUUUUACCCUGCAUCUGCUGGACAGUCAACUUCCUGUCUCCAGUCACCGUGUACAAGCCACCAGCCAUGAGACCACAUUCCCAGUGCCAGUCCAGGACACACUGGUGGCCUUCUACCAGUGCCAGUACAGUGUCCUAUUGGGAGCCAAGUGGAUUCAUUCUGAACUCAGCCGCCCUCUGGCUGUUUCCAGAGGUCCUCCACCUCCAUCAACACCAGAUGUGCCAAGCGUGGACUGGCCUCUUGUUUUGGGUUCUUUCUCUGCUGUGGUGCUCUUCCUCAUUUCAGUGGCACUGGUAGCUGUGGUAAUCCAAAAGAAAGUCAAAGCAGCCGCUGAGGAAAAAAAGAAAAGGCAGGAAGCAAAGUUUUGGACUGAAGUUCAUACCAAGGACCAUGUUGUCGACCUUUCCGUCAGGUGUUCCAGCAUCACCUCCCAGGAAUGGGCCAAUGGGAACACAACCUCCAGAUCCCCAUUAUGGAACUCCCUCUCCACGUUCACAAACCCCAUCCAUUAGAAAGCUUUCUUCAGUGUAUUUAUACUUUGUCAUAGUAUAUCUCCAAUAUGUAGCAUCAGCUGCCUUUAACGCAGCAGGACAGGAAGAGUCAUUUCCUCAAGUUCCUCUUUCAUGCGGAGCAGCACACUUGUGUUUAUAAUUAGACUGAAGGUGGUAUUUGUUAUGGAUAGUAUGACAUAAAUUGGGACUUCUUUUACUCAUUUAGUUCAAUUUACUAAUUAUUUUUGACAGAUGAUAAAGUUUUAUAUGUAAUUGCGCAUAGCAUUUUCAAUAUUCAAUAAAAUACACAUGUAUUUUUUUUCUGUAACAAAUAAAAUCCUGCUUAUCAGCGGAAAGGACACUGACCUGAGCACUUUGAACGCCUCACAGGAGAGCCAACAGCACUUUGAGAUGAACUAGUGUGGCUGUAGUGUCGCUGACUAAACUGCAGAGGGCACUGUUCAUGUAUCAAGACAAUGUCAAUAAGUUCAGUUGAUCUUGCUGCACACAAAACCAAAAAAAAUGCACCACAAAAGUCAUCUUACUUUUACUUGUAUCAAAGAAACAGCACAGAGUAGGCCGAGGGUGUACCUUUGACCUUUUUGGGAGCUUUUAUGGGGGACAAUAGCUCCUAUAGUUGGAUUAUGGCAGUCACACCCGAGGAGCUCUAUGAGUGGUUAUCAUACAAUCACCAUAUUGUGAUACAGUUGGCAAGCUAUUUUGCUUAUAUAAUGUAUAUGACCAUAUAUAAUGAGGAAGUUGGCAAACACAUUGUGAGAUACUCGGUCCCUACUAAGUGUGAUCACUGUACAUAUUGUGAUACUAUUAAUAUUCUUGUUCAAUUAUUGUAUCCAUCUAUCCAUUUAAUGAAGUAUCUAUCUAGUAAGUAAGGUAAUAAAUUCAUAGUUUUUGAGCAAGUAGUUACUGAAAAAUUUGUAACUAAAUA